UUGGCCGCAAGUUUGGGAGAAACAAUGGAGGAUUCCACAAGUGGUGGGCAUCACAACGAAAGAAAAAGAAGCAGUGACAGCAAUGCUUUCGCCAAGUUUCUUCCUUUUUCUCCACCAUUGGAAGACGACCCUGAAUCACACGAAGCUAAAUUUGGUGGUCACCAUGACCAUGGCCACAAGAGAUUCAAACCAAAUUCUCAAGCUCCUUUGUUGGAAACCACCACCCCCAAUUUAACCCCUUCUUCUCAUCUUCCCAAACAAAACAUUGACACAAAGGAAACAUUGGACUUUUCCUCUCCAUCAACUUCCAUUAGGCAUUCAACUAGUACUGGACCAUCACCACAAUCCAUUGGUAGCAAGUCAUCAUUCAUUGAGUACGUGGAGAAUGCUGGUAAAAUUUGCAGAACAGUCUCAGAUAGUUGCAACUGGAAAGAAGAUCAGAAUCAGAGUGAGCUAGAAUCAGUGAUGUCUAUGGUAGCUGAGGAACUGUCAAGGAGGCCUAGAACCGGAGGCAUAUACAAAGCAAUUGCGAGUCAACGCGAGUGCACUAUGAAACGUUUGAAAGAUUUGUCAAACAAAGAGGCUACAAUAGAUGUUGGACUUGAGAUGGGUGAUGCAGCACAUCUUUUGAAGCUCAUGAGCUUCUCUAGCAGUGAGAUCGAGAUGGCAGGGCAAAAGGGUCGCAAAGGAGCUAUGUUGUUGAUUCAAGCAGAGAUCCUUCGUAAGAAGGGACAGGAACUCAUUGCUGAAUGCCAGAACUUGCUCCAAGAUGCAUUGUAACUUUAUUCAUUUGGAGGCUAUUAAGGUUCAACUUGUGGCUGUUGGGAAGAUUACAAGUUCAGAUCUUUCAAACGUUUUCUGCUAUAUGUCUACUGGAUAUUGAAGACUUUCUCACUUAAGGCAUGUUUAUUGACAUACUUUAAUAUUAUAAGAAACACAGUGUUACAAUAAUAUGUGAUCAAUUUGAGCAAAAUUUAAAGGGUUUAAAAUA